GCAGUCCUGUUUUUGUCAGCCUAAUCGCUUACCCUUACUCUUCAUUUUGCAACUAGGCUGUUUAUACCCCAUUUCUAUCCUAUCUAGACUAUUUUCAGCCUAUUUCGAUUCAUCCAUUUUACUUCAUAGAAGAAAAUAGCCAUUUGAUCCUGUUUUGAUCCUGUCUAGAUUAUUUCCAGCCCAUUUCGAGCCAGCCAUUUUUGCUUCAUUGGAGAAGAUAGUCUAUUGGCCCUCUUUUGUUGCUUUCUAGAAGACUGUUUCCAGCCUAUUUCGAGCUCACCAUUUUGCUCCAUUGAAGAAGAUAGUCUACUGAUCUUAUUUGACUGUGGAUUCGCCUUACUCAGAAAUUGAUUGAAUUAUCAGAGCUAUUUUUCCUUCAUCUUGUUUUUGGUAGUCGUCAAACAACAGCAUGCAAAAUCCAGUUUAUGUUUAUGGUGGAAAUCUACCAACAGGACCACCUAGUACUGUUGCAGCUCCUGUUCCAAUUUAUUUGACUGCUCGGCCAUGGCAAGCUGCCUAUAUGAAUCCUACGUUACCACCAGGGGCAACACCACCUUUCAAUUUUAAUACCUUAAUUCCAACAACGAAAAGUGAUGACAACAGCAAUCCACCGAUGCACAAUGUUCAAAAUCCUAUGGCUGCUGCUGUUCAAGGUGGCUAUAGGCCUGCCAAUCCAGUGCCUAUCCGAUUUUACGAUCCUAAUAUUAAUCCAUUAGCCGCUCAAGCCAAUCCAAUGAAUAAAUCACGUUCUAGCGAGAAAGAAAGCAAAAGUAACUCUACAGCAAUUAGCAGUGGCCAUCACCAGCAUGUUGAAAAGUUAAGAUCAUCAGCAUCUAAUCAACAACAUUGGAAAUCAGGCAAGAAUAAACGUGUUCGAACUAUCUUUACGCCCGAUCAACUGACCAAGUUAGAGAAAGAAUUUGAUCAGCAACAGUAUAUGGUGGGUGCUCAACGUUUAUACUUAGCGAAUACAUUGAAACUGAGUGAGGCACAAGUUAAGGUAUGGUUUCAAAAUCGUCGAAUUAAAUGGCGAAAAGAUCAAAUUAAGCGUAGACAUACAACAGCAAGUAAUGCUAAUCAUCAGAAUACUUCUUUAACCUCUGUAUCUGCUUCUGUUGAUGCUCAAUCUACAAGUAGCAAUGGCAGUAGUAAUCCUCAAAGCAGCAGUCGUAGUAGUACCAGUAGUAAUUCAUAAAUGUAAAAUAUUCUAUCACGGUUGAUGAUGGACAUCGUCAAUCUAUCAUUCAUUACCAUAGAGUAGAAGCCUUGAAAAAGCUAUCAUGGAUGAUAUCCUGUGCUUGAAAAAUAAUAUCAUCGACUCAUACUUUCGUCCUUAAAUUGCAUAACUUAGAGCGAUUCAAAUCUACAGUUGAUUCAUGUUGUGCGAUAUUUUACAUAAAUCGAACAUGAAUAUUAGCAUUUUGUUGCAGCUAAUUCAUUAUAUAAUAUAUUGAUAUUCUUGAACUCACUGACUUUAAUUAAAAUAUUGUCCAUUAAAGUAAGAAUAUAAAUUUUGAUUACAACAUUGAGUCAUGUCGGUUCCUAAUAAAUCGUAGGAAAUGAUCAUUUUUAAUUUGGAUCAGUUGCAUGGUAUUACUAAGCGAAACUUAAUUCGUGCGUUUUAUUAUUUGAUACUCCGAUUUAAUGAUGUAUAAUCAUAAAAACGCAAUAUAACUAUUUUAUGUGUAGAGCGGCUUUAUGCUUACAAAACGAGGCAAAUAAACGCUUCA